UCACGCUUUUCUUCAGUUAAGCAUCUGUAAUUCAAACUAACAAGCUGUUCACCUUUGUUUUCAAUUUCUAUUAGUAACCAGCAAGCAUACUUAUGCUUGGCUUACAGAACUGUAAACUUUCCUGCAUGACUUUGGUUGCUGUUUUAAAAACCACUACGUUUCAGAGAAAGAAAUUGAAACCAAUAUUAGCACUGGGUGGCUCUAAAGCAUUCCAGGUAAAUUGAACUACAUUUUGGCGAAUUCAUUUGAGUUUCGUUGAACCAGUUUCAGUUAUAAGUUUUUUUUUAUCAUUUGUUUGUUUAAAUAAUUCAUUCUCACAUAGACGUAUUAUUGUGUUUGAAAGUUUGCAUUUGCAGUCAACCAAAAAAAAAAAAAGUCAUGAAUACGGCUGGUAGUAAUGUCGGUACAAAUUUACAGGAUCAUGAACGAAUAAACAAAAUGCUUGAAAUUAAUAGCCAUCUGUUGCGAAGAUGUGCUGAGUUACAUCAAAUCAAGAAAAUGUAUGCUAGCGAUACAGAAGUGCAGAGUAAAAUGGCUAUUAUGCUAACAAGGUAUAUGCGGCGCAUUAAAGACAACCUUGCGUUCUUGGCAUCUUUAGCCUCGGGGCGACAAGCACAAACUCCUUUACCUCCUUUAACUUGCCCUGAAGGAAUGCCUUAUUUAGAACCCCAUUAUGAGAUGCUUCGUCAAAUGUUUCAAAAGCCACAAUUUAAUACGCCCUCGUAUCCAGCACAAAAUGCUGAGUCCAAACCUCAAAGUUCACCGUUUGGUCAUUUGAAUGCUAAGAAUUCGGAAGCUUCUUUCCCUAACAAAUCUUUCGAUAAUGGAAUGAAUCCUAGUGGGCAACGUGCCUCCCCAGCAGUCGGUAAUACUUUACGAGCGCAGCAAGAUAUAAUAAGCCCUUACAGCUCUUACACAUCAAAUCAAUUUGCUACUAUGAAUCCAAUGAUGGUCGGAAACUCUACAGGUAUGGGUCCUCCUGUAUCAACGGCUACGACUACCCCCGAUACCAUUCAAUCAAAUCGUGCUCCGCAAAAUUUAUAUUCCCAAGAUGUAUAUUCAAAUAUUCAGCAAAAAUUACCGGAGACUGGUCAACAACAAGUUCCAAUGUUCAAUCAGUUUCAACAGAAUAUCUACCCCAAAUGAAAAAAUUUAAAUUGUCCGUUGCUUCGUUUAUUUAAUAAAGCUAUUUCUGUACUUUGUUUUGGUGUUUUUCAAGUUUCUUCCUUGCAGUCUCAGUGUAAAUCAAAUAUCCAUGAAAUUAUGUUUGAGGAAGCGCCGAGUUGUGUUUACGUGAACAUUGUUGAGAACAGCAAGAAAAAAGGAGAAGCCUACAGCGCCCCGG